GUGUGACGGCUCAACGACCAGACAAACAUUGCCAACAUGCCAAAAGAUGCCAUACAAGCAAUAUGGACAAACAAGGGCUCAAGCCGCAUCGCACAAAGGCUUAUAUAGAGACUGCACUCGCCAGAUAGAUUUCCUCUCCUUUUUCCUUCCCAGAUUCGAUAUUCUCGUUGAUGGCUACAAUAGUCAAGAUAGGAAUUCAGUUCGUAUUAUCUUCUAUUCCGAGCCCGUGACAAGUAGAUUAUCAAUGGCCCCACCUCAUUCUUUCCUCUUAAUUCAAGGCGCUAUUGUGAUCCUAGCCAUCCCAUAUACAAGCACAGACUCACAUAUAACGGCCCAACACUGCAUCAAAAGAUGAUACAUCACAAAUGCCGCUAUACAACCCUGCCACCAACAACCCCUAUAAAAAACCUCUUCAUUAUCCAGAUAGAUUUCCUUUUCUCUUCUCUUCUCCAGAUUCGAUAUUCUCGUCGCUGGCUACAAUAGUUUAGAUAGGAACAUUGAUUCAAUAUUAUCUACUAUUCCGAGCCCGUGACAAUAGCUGAAUUUGUUUACA